ACUCAGUCAGAGUGCAUGUGUGUGUGUGCUGUGGGAGCAUCAGACUUCCCGCUGGGAUCUCCAGGAUUAAACACACACUCUGGCUGUUUAUAUGGCGGACAGAAAGUAAGCGGUGCUUCAAACACUUCGUGCUCAUACACCGAGUGUCUCGGGGCACAAACUGCGACAUAAUGGAGCAAGAAUUUGAGGACAUCGAUUCGUCCGGGGGAUGGCAAAACCUCUACAAUGAGAUCCGCAACCAAGCCAGCGAAUAUCCUUAUAAAGUGGCAAAACUUCCAGCAAAUCGGAAUUUGAACCGCUACAGAGAUGUUAGCCCAUAUGAUCACAGUCGAGUAAAACUUGAAAACUCUGACAACGACUACAUCAAUGCAAGUUUAGUGAUGAUGGAAGAAGCCCAAAGAGCUUACAUUCUUUCUCAGGGGCCUUUGAGGAACACCUGUGGUCAUUUCUGGCUGAUGGUUUGGCAGCAGUGUUGCAAAGCUGUUAUAAUGCUCAACAGAGUCAUUGAAAAGGGAUCGGAAAAGUGUGCACAGUACUGGCCCACCUCUAAGGAACAUCAGAUGUCUUUCACAGACAUGGGCUUUGUUGUCAGGCUACUUUCAGAGGAGGACCGUUUCUAUUACACAAUCCGACUGCUCGAACUGCAGAACAUAAAGACGGGGGAGUCGAGAGAGAUCUACCACUUUCACUACACAACGUGGCCUGACUUUGGUGUUCCAGAAUCUCCUGCCUCCUUCCUCAACUUCCUCCUCAAGGUCCGGGAAUCAGGCUCGCUGAGCCCGGAGCACGGUCCCUCAGUGGUCCACUGCAGCGCUGGGAUCGGACGCUCGGGGACCUUCGCUUUGGUGGACACCUGCCUGGUCCUGAUAGACAAGAGAAAGAAUCCAUCCUCAGUGGACAUACAGAAGGUGCUGCUGGACAUGAGGGAAUACCGAAUGGGCCUGAUCCAGACUCCCGACCAGCUCCGCUUCUCUUACAUGGCUGUCAUCGAGGGAGCCAAGCUCAUUCUUACGGAUAACACAGCCACACAGCAAAACAAGCAUCUGCUGGAAAACAAGCAUUCCUCUCUGGAAUCAGAUCUUCCCCCGCCGCCACCUCCACCCAGACUUCACCUCAACGACAGCAGGCCCAACGGCCAGGCAGCACCCUGUGUGGAGCUGCAGGCCGACUCAGGAGACCACCUGCUGGCAACAGAGCCAGACAACCAAGACCACGAUGUGGCGGAGAACUCCGGAAAUGUCAGAAAGCGACACCGUGAAGAGAGGAUUGCCAGCACUGCACAGAAGGUCCAGCUGAUGAAACAGAGACUGACUGACUCCGAGAGGAAACGAGAGAAGUGGCUGUCCUGGAAGCCCGUCCUGCUCAAUGUCGGUGCCGGUGCGGCUUUGGCCGCCGGCCUGCUGGUUUGCUGGAUGUACUCCCAGUGAAACACACUGGCUGACUUACAAACUGACUCUUAAGUUGCACCAGUACCUGGGUUUAGGUACUUCUCUUAGCAGAAUUGGAUGAUGUGCAUAACUGAGGGUAUUUAUUUCUUUAAGGUCAAAAUGCGGGAGCGCUAGAUCAAAUGAGUGUGUGUAUAUUUUUCAUGUAACAUCUUAAAAAUAGUAACAUCUCAGGAUCUCUGUGCCAGCACGAUGAUUUGAUUUCCUUUCCUUCUCGUCACUGUUGAUGAAUGUACUGUAUCAUAAAUGGCUUUGAAAGAAUUUUACUAAAGGUGCAGUAAAACAAAAAAAAAAGACAAAAAAUACUCUGACAAGUUUAUUUUUGCAUUCUUUAUUUGUAAUGGUUGAUAAUCUUUGGACGUGUUUUACAUUUUGCAUUUCAAAAUGACUUGUGUUGACUGCCCAUCCUACCAUAAAUAUGUAGGGUGAUUCCACUUCUUAAACAUCA